AUGGCUAUUAAAAGGAAGCAUGGAGGUAGACAGGAAUUGAGGAAAGUCACUAGGACAAGUAGAAGAGAUAGAGAAGAAGACGAAGUUGAAGAAACUCACGAACAAGUUGAACAGCCAGAAAGCGAAGAAGAAGAAAUUGAAGAUACCGAUAAAUCAAGAGCUUAUAAUGCAUUGUUAACUUUACUUGAUAAUGAUGCUGAACCAGAAACAAAGAAAUCUAAGGUGAAGAAAUCAGAGGAAGAGGAAGAUGAAGAAAUUGAAGGGCUCAAUUUAGAAGAUGAUGAGGAAGAUGAAGAAGAUGAAGAACCUGAAGAGUACGACUCAGAUGAUGAUAGUGAUCCAUUCAAAGUUCAUUUUGAUGUUGAUGAUGAAUUCGAAGCUCAACAGGAUAUUAAAUGGUCUGUAAAGUCCAAAAGUAACGUUAAUGGCUAUAAUUCCAUCUUUCAAGUAGCUUCACAACCAUUACCAACUAACGAUUCAGUUAAACCACUUGAAAAAUUACAUAUCAAGAAGAGAAUAUUAAAUUAUAUCAAAGAUGAUUUCAACACCGAGGAAACUACAUUGUUGAAUGCUAUGUUACAAUAUAAAGAUAUCAACUAUCCUUAUUUCAAUUACAAGAAUCAAUCAUACAAAAAAUUAUACGUCAUUCAUGCAUUAAAUCAUAUUUAUAAAACCAGAGACACCAUUUUAAAGAACAACAGUAAAUUAUCAUCUCAUGCUCAAGCCAUUAAAGAAGGGAAAUCUUUACCUGAUCUUGAACUCAGAGAUCAAGGUUUUACCAGACCCAAAGUUCUUAUACUUUUACCUACAAGGGAAGCAUGUCAUGAUGUAGUAAAUUUAAUCAUCAAAUAUUCAGCCGUAGAGCAGAAAGAGAACAGGAAGAGAUUCAAUGCUCAAUUUCACAAUGAUGCCAAUCCACCAGAUUCAAAACCUGAUGAUUUCAAGUAUUACUUCAAAGGAAAUACUAAUGAUUACUUCACUUUGGGUUUGAAAUUCACUAGAAAGUCCAUUAAGUUAUAUUCAUCGUUCUACUCAUCAGACAUUAUUAUUGCUUCGCCUAUUGGGUUAUCAAUGAUUUUAGAAAACCCUGAUAAAAGAAAAAGAGAAUAUGAUUUCUUGUCAUCUAUUGAAAUGGUAAUUUUGGAUAAUGCUAAUCAAAUAGAAAUGCAAAAUUGGGAUCAUGUUAAAACUGUAUUCAAAUACAUCAACAAAGUUCCUAAGAAAUCCCAUGAAACCGACUUUUCAAGGAUAAGAAUGUGGUCUAUCAAUGAUCAAGCCAAAUAUUUCACUCAAAGAUUAGUAUUUUCUGAAUUUUUGACUCCUAAUAUCAAUAGCGUCAUCAACAAGUCUACAAAUUUAUCAGGAAGAUUGAAAUACAAAAAGGUCAUUGACUCCAGUAACUGUAUAAUGAAUUCUGUGGGGUUGAAGAUUCGUCAAGUAUUCCAAAGAUUCGAAUCACCAUCUCCUAUGGCAGAUCCUGAUUUCAGAUUCAAAUUCUUCACUAAUAGUAUCAUAAAUUCCUUUUCAAAUUCUUCCAGUUAUGAUGAUGGACUUUUAAUCAUCAUCUCAUCAUAUUUUGAUUAUGUAAGAGUGAAAGAGUUUAUGCACACCACGAAAUUGACUUGGGAUGCUGUGGAUGAAUAUACUCCUCAAUCCAAACUAACAAGAGCUAGACAUCAUUUCAUUCAAGGGAAGACUAAAGUUCUUAUCUACACUGAACGUUUACAUUAUUUCAGAAGAUUUGAAAUUGGAGGAGUGAAGAAUAUUUUACUUUAUGGAAUUCCUAACAACCCUAUUUUCUAUAAGGAGUAUUUGAAAUUCAUUGGUAAAUCGGUGUUCAAUAAUGUGGUUGAUUUAAAUCUUUGCUUCGUCAAAGCAAUCUUCUCAAAAUGGGAUGCAGCAGCUUUAGAAAGAGUUGUAGGAGAAAGAGCUCCAGUUUUAUGUAAUUCCGUCAAUGAAACUUUUGAGUUCAAGUAA